AGCGUUGGAUCACAUUUCUAACGAAGUUGUUCCGUUUAAUGUCGGCGAACAGCAGAGAUUUUUACUUCACAGUGGAUUACAAGAAUUCGAUACCAUCAAAACUGGAAUUAACAUGACAGAAGAAGUCUUCAAAGCACCCAAGAAGAGGAAAAUCGUUGGGAAAGUUGAUUAUGAGCAUUCAGGAAGUCUACCUCCAAGGCGUAAGAAGACUAAGGAGGAUUUUUACAUGUUUUGUACGAUGAUCAUGGAGUACACACAGUACGAGACCCAGCGAAGUGAGGACCUGCGUGUGAAUCACAACAUGAGUCCUCUGGACAGUAGCGGGAGUACGGCCGAGAGUUACACGUCAGACACAACACUGUCUGCUGGCAGUCCUACACAUCAGUUCUCCAGCUCUCAGGAACUCAAUGACUCAGAGGAGGAGUCAGAGUUGAUCACCUGUUUUUGUAUGAAGCCGUACGCAGGGCGACCCAUGAUUGAGUGCUCCGAGUGUGAAACCUGGAUCCACUUCUCCUGUGCUAAAAUCCGCAAAAACAAUGUCCCUGAAAUUUACACGUGCCAGCUGUGUAGAGACUCCAAAUUCACUGCCCGCAAAUCAAAUCGUGUCAGAACUGAGAACAACAAAUUUACAACGUAACUAGUGCUACUACAGCUCAGAGCUUUGUGAUUGGGCUGUGUGAGUGUAAGAAAGAGUGAGUGAAUGUUCUGUUGACAAUGCUAUUUUUAUGACAUUUUUUUUUUGUGUACAAAGAUUCAUUUCUAUUCGUCCUCUUCAUUGCAUUCAUGAUAUUAAAUUCAAAGUGUGCAAAUUCAAUGGAAAGAUGCUAUUUAUUUCUAAAAGUCAAUUUACGCUUGUCAUCUAAUUUUUGUGGGGUCCAUAUCCUAUAGAAGGGGAAAAAAUUCCCCUCCCCCAAAUAUUUUGUUGAAUCUCGUUAAAAGUAAAAAGUAAAAAGUAGGGACCAAAGAAAAUAUUUUAUAUGUUUUCCAAAUUAAAUUUGCCUUAGUAUUUUGAAAAAAGAAGCUGUGAAAAACAUAAAAAAAAAAAAAUGCUGUGGCAUUUUAUAUUCCUUUUUCCAAAAGUUUUCAGUCCCUUACAAAAAUAUGUUUAGUUUGUAUUGGAGUACCUAAAUGAACAUUCAUUUUCUAUGAAGAUGCUUUCUAUUUUUCACCACUGGUAGAAAAUUUUCACAUUUCCAUAUACUGGAAAAGUAAACCAUAAUCUUACACUAACGACUGCCCUUCAUAUGAAUACUGUGAGGUUUAUAUGGUAUUCUAAAUGGCAUUAUUCAAAACCAUUUUAGUUCUUGCAUUUGUUAUCUGCAGUAUUUAUGUCAGAAGAUUCCUUUUACAAUUUUUUUGUUGAUAACGGUAGCCAAUGUCCUUGUUAAAGAAAUCAGUUUUGAUACCAAUAAGGUCAUUAUACAGAACAAACAUCAGUUUGUGGCAGCUCUUAAAGAAAGAAAUAAUAAUUACACAGACAUAUCCUUGAAAUGUCAUUUGAAAAUUAAAUUAGGGAUUUGCACUUUUUGUCUAGAGGGUAUUGAUUUAAUAGUCUCAUGUACAUGUAUAUUGUUUGUCCCAACGAUCUCAGAUCACCUCAUCAUAUGCUUUCAAUAUGCAAUGUAAAUUUUCUGCCUUGAUGCAUCACUAAUUUUCUUUAUUAUAGUUCAUCAUUUCUUUGUUUGUAUAAGGAGUAAAUUAUAUAACAAGGUAUUUUAAACCAUCUUUUAUUAGCAUGUGAAAAAAUGGAAAUCUCUUCAGAAUUAUGAUUUUGUAUUACACUAUAUUGAAUUAGUUUCUUAUCAAUGUACUGCAAGUCAAUUUUUACAAGCAGUGCUUUGUUGAGGCCAAAAUUCUGAAAAUCAUUGCACAAGGUACUCCAGUUAGAAUGUACCUUUUAAUUGUCAAUAAGAUUUGGUAGGGAAUACCUGAUAAUAUUGUGUGACCUUACCUUUAUUUUUCAGGUGAGUUUAUGUCUUGGGAGUACAACUCUUAAUUAGUAAAUCCAUUGUACAGUGCUGUAUCAAAUUUUAAAGGAGUAUAAAUUUGUACAUAGUGACCAGUGUUGAAAAUAAUUUUAAUAUUUUAAUGAGGUUAGGAAAUGCAGACAAGUCUUUCUGUGAUGCUUAUAAAUGGCAAUUUUCUUUUGUGUGUGAAUCCAAGAAAUGUUCAAAUUAAAUAUAUAAAAUUGUUAAUGAAAUAAUAAUGGAUUUUUGAAAGAGAAAACCUAACUAAAUUUGAUGCUAUGUCAUCAUUGGUAGGCUAUCUGCACUUCAUUUUAAUAACUGGUUGUUGUAAAUACUGUGUUCAUACUUUGUAAAUAUUUUGUUUAUAGAACUAUUUUCACAAAUCAUUUCAUUGUAAUUGUUAAAGAUUCCCUACAUAUUAAAUCGUAAAACUGAAA